CGACGAGUUUUGCAGAAAGUUUGAAAGGCUGGUGGAAUUCCCCUCUAAAUCUCAGAAGGUCUGAAACGCUAAAUCUCAGUCAGGAGCUCCGUCUCAGUGGGAUGGUGGCGCUGUGGAGCAACGUCCAGUCUUCAGCCGUCUCUGCUGGCUGGUUGCUAAGGAAGUGAAAAAAUGUUUGCAGUGAUGCGAGCAACUGGAGAACGUAAAAACAUGAGGAACGUGGCACUUGUUUGCAUCUGAAAAGUAGAGAGUAGGAUGAAUGAGAAUGGAGAGACCAUUGUCCCAUUCCAACCUGAAGAUGAAGUUAACCCUGAAGAGCCACCUUGUGGGAAGGAUAGCUUUAUCGUAGAUGGGGUGAACAAGAGGACCAAGAAAGAGCAGCUCAAAGGUACCAAUAACUCCAGUGAAGUGCUCCAAAUCCCUCAGGAUGAGCGAAUUAAGGAAACUAACAUUAGUCCUUACCAGCCACAUCCACCCUCCCUCCCCAAGCCUCCCACUGUGGGAAAAGGGAGCAGAAACAUCUCAUUUGAGGAAAAAUUAAGGAGAAGAAGACUGAGGAGCAGUCAGGAAAGCCUCACCGACCCAGCUGAGACAGGCUCCUCCACAGACUCCCUUAGGGAAGAUGCAACACCUGCACUAAGCAGUGCUUUAGAGCUAAAGAAUGGCCAGAUCUCUGGAAGAGGUAACUUUGACCAGGCAGCCGGGGAGUCCCCACCCUUUCGGGAACGUUGCAGCAGCCUUCCCGAGGCAGACAAACAUCCUCGCGGGCAGAGUCGCCUGGCUGAACAGCGGGCAAAACAGUCCAGAAUCAUUCUGUCCCCCCUGCACGCCACAGGAGCAUUUCCCCCAGUGGAGUACAAUGUUGCCUCCAUGUCCUUAAGGACCACUAAUCGGAUUGACAGGGAUUGUUUGGAUUAUGGGAAAAGGGGCCUGACGGAGAGGCUGCACAGGAACUUCAGCGACAGCCGGCUUUUGGAGACCAUGGUGUCGGAUAGCGCCUCUGUCAACUCCAUGAAGUCCACCUUCAGUGCGCUGAACCCAAUCCGACCCAAGGAUGUGAGGAACAGGAGCUUUUUGGAGGGCAGUGUUCUGGGCAACGGAGCCUUACUUGGGCCUGAAGAGCUGGACCGGUACUUUCCUGAUAGGCAUGUGGGGAUCUAUGUUGCCACUUGGAAUAUGCAGGGAGAGAAGGGACUUCCAAACAACCUAGAUGACCUGUUGCUCCCGACUGACACUGAAUUUGCACAAGACUUCUAUAUCAUUGGAGUUCAGGAAGGAUGCCCCGAUAGGAGGGAGUGGGAGAUCCGACUGCAGGAAACACUCGGCCCGUACUACGUCAUGCUUUAUGCAGCUGCACAUGGAGUGCUCUAUCUCACCGUUUUUAUACGAAGGGACCUCAUAUGGUUCUGUUCUGAGGUGGAACAUGCUACUGUCACCACUCGUAUCAUCUCUCAGAUUAAGACCAAAGGGGCAGUUGGCAUUGGCUUUACUUUCUUCGGGACGUCCUUCCUCUUCAUCACUUCUCAUUUUACUUCUGGAGAUUCCAAAGUAUAUGAGAGAAUAUUGGACUACAACAAGAUAAUAGAAGCCCUGGCUCUUCCCAGAUGCCUUCCUGACACUAAUCCUUAUCGUUCUACCGCCUCGGAUGUGACCACUCGAUUCGAUGAGGUCUUCUGGUUUGGGGAUUUUAACUUCCGCCUGAGUAAAGACCGGGGAGGCAUAGAAGCUAUUUUGAACCAGCACAUCAGGGAAGACAUGGGCCCUCUCCUCCAGCAUGAUCAGUUGUGCAAAGAAAUGAAAGACGGCUCCAUCUUUAAAGGAUUUCAGGAAGCCCCUAUCCACUUCCCUCCCACCUACAAGUUUGACAUUGGCUGUGAUAUUUAUGACAGCACAUCCAAGCAGAGGACACCCUCAUAUACAGAUCGCAUCCUUUACAGGAACAGACAAGCGGAUGAUAUCAAAGUGGUUAAGUACACCUCCUGCUCAUCUAUCAAGACCUCAGAUCACCGGCCAGUCAUUGGCAUGUUCCAGGUCAAAAUUCGGCCUGGUAGAGACAACAUUCCAUUGGGAGCUGGCCAGUUUGACCGACCCGUGUACCUGGAGGGCAUCAAGAGGAGGAUCACUAGAGAGCUGAAGAGGAGGGAGGCUGUGAUGAAGAACCAGAGCAACAGCACUGUCUGCUCCAUCUCCUGAUGCUGGAUCAGCAGGCCUGGAGCAGUACAAACUGUGAGACUGCGUUCUCCUGUGCUGGGAUACGGAAUAAGGAAGCUGGACUUUCAGGACCGAAGGGAAACUCAAAAUUUUGGGAGAUAAAGUGUUGGGCCAUCAUCCAGGUCUUCAGGCCAUGUUUGCCACACCCUCACAGGAGCUUGAAAAAAGGCUGUGCCUAGACACUCAAGCCUAACAGCUAGAGUUGCUUUACUCAACAUCCAUGCCUGUCUUUUUUUUAUUAUUAUUAUUAUUUUGUACACUUCAGUUAGAGGUUGGACGAAAUGUUUCUUACAACUGCAUUUUCAAACUAAAGCAGGUUUCAAUGGCCUUGUACAGUUGCAUCAGCUCAAAUCUCUGAUUUUUCAUUGGAACAAAACAUUUACCAUCGCUACGAAGCAGAUGACAGCUGAUUUAAUUGUUUUAUGGAUCUCAUCUAAAAAAACAUCCAAAUAAUGCUUGAAAUGAGAGGAAUAUUUUAGUAUUUCAGAUGUCUACUGGUACUCUUUUCCAGUCGAAAUUUACAGGAAUGUAAUCAUUUAUGGACCACCUGUUUGAAAGAUUGUUGUUUUAUUUAUAAACGCUCUUAAAAUGUAUGUUAUAUCUGAUAGUGGUGUGCUAAUUGGAAAAGUGCAGCCUAGGCUGAAAUCAUUUCUCACUGAGACUGAACAGAGAGGGUCAAAUGCCUUAAUUUGUUGUACAAAAUUUAGCUUCUUGCUUACUUGAUGUCAAUGUCAACUGGCUGUGCAUGUGUGGGAGCAGGGCUGAUUUUGACCAACAAAGUAAUAGACUAACAAAUUAACUGUACUCCUCUUGCAUGGACCUCAAUUAACCAGUGUAACAGUGAAUCGUGUAUUCACAUCACAUUCCUCACUCCUAAUGGAAAGUGCCUGAGAUCUUGUUCAUGAUUGCCUCUGGGCCUUUUCUAGUACAUUCUGUUGUUUGAAACCAAAUAAUAGCUUGUUCUAAAUGUUUACAAUGUUAUUUAAGUAAUAUAAAGCAGCUAUUUCUGACUCA